AUGGACCCAUUCAUGGAAGUCGUUAUCCUGGCGGGCGGCGAGUGCAAGCGACUGUACCCGCUCACCAGCGGCGGCGUGGUCAAGGCGCUGCUGCCGGUUGGCAAUCGGCCGCUCAUCUCGUUCCCGCUGCGCCACCUGGCAGAGGCGGGCAUCAAGAGCGCCAUAGUGGUGGCCAUUGGCGAGGCGGUGGCCAGCAGCAUCUCUACGUACCUGCAGCAGCAAGCGGCGGCCGGCGGCGUCGCGUGCCGGGUGCUGACUGUCGGCGAGGAGUGCGACACGGGCGACGCCCUGCGGGCCGUGUCGCAGCACCUGGACCCCAAGGCGGCCGGCGUGGUGGUGUACUCGGGGGACCUCAUCUGCGACGCGCCCCUGGGCGCGAUGCUGGUCUCCCACCAGCUCAGCGGCGCGCUGGCCACGGUGCUGGUGGGCGCGCGGCGCGUGUCCCCGACAACAGAGACCAAGCCGGGCAAGGCGCCCAAGGUCUGGCGCGCGGCUGGGGCCACGCCUGGGGGCGCUGGGGCCGCGGUUGCGGCUCGCGGCAUGUCGCUCGCUUAA